UGGAAAUGUGUCAUAUGCUCACCACUCCACAAGCAGUAAACCGUCGUACCGAUACGGCAGACAUGAGCGCUACCUAUAGCUUUCUCAUCGCAUCGGUAAACGAUCUCCGGAGAGAAAGCGGACGGACAGAUAGAUCGAACAACCAACACACUGAUGCAACACACACAACACAACACAGAUUGGAAACAACAGAUCAGUAGGGGAAAUAUUCUGUACCGACCGGCUGAUAGCAGGUAGUAUCCGUACACCAGCUAGGGAAUCCCCCAAACCAAACCGGAACGAAUGGCCCAAAAGUGUACCAGACGGCGUAACCCUUUACAACCCGACUGUUUAAAUAUUUGCAAAAUUUGUGUGACCUGUUGAUUUGUGUAUCGAGCCCUGAAGAUGGUCCAAUAGCCGGACCGAAACGUCGGCGAUGAUAGAAGAUUAAUCAACGCAAUUUAUUAGACUGAGAGCCGAAAAUUCCAAAGUCAACCAUCAUCCAGUCGAAACUUGUAAUUCAACAACAUGGCGGAAACACACACGUCUUUCUACACGAAAAUUGGCCAAGACUAUGGACCCGCGGUCCAAAGAAAUUUCAAAGAGUAUGCAAGUAACAAUCGUAAAUUGGGAAACAUGCUGAGUCGGAAGAAUUUCCUCAUCGAGUGCAGACGGAAUGGGUUCGUUCCUCAACACAUUGUUCAUUCGUUGAAGUGUGUACACGAACUGCUAGCGACGAGAAGCCCGUACGCCCGCAAGUUGACAAACAGCAUCAUGCGAUUCCAGAAGACAUUACUCAAUGUCGAAAUUGAGGAUGCCUUCUACCGUAUCAAGGUGCUACAUCGGGAACUGGCACAUCUAAAGUCCCAAAUCAUCAACGAAACGGACUCGGUCAUACACCAGCAGUUCUUCACAAGCCAAGAAUUUGCGUUCCAUGGCAAUUUGCACAACAGGACAGACCAGACCAACAAGAAGCUCCGGCGUAUCGUCUCGAGAGCGAUGGACGAUAACCAGGAUCGUCUCCCAGAAGGUAACGAAAAAGCGAUCUUGAACACGACAUCGAAAGCGAUUCCCCCCGAAGCCAACAUACUGCUGAGCAUGGGUCCCAAGUUCGUCUUACCCUACAAAACACCAUCGCACAUCCCGUUUUUUCACCUAAUAGCCGACGUGGAAAACGUUCUGUCGUUAGGGGAGGACCAAGACGUACGAGAACGCACGAGAUGUCAAGUCGUCAACCACAUACAAAACUUCAUCCAAAGAUUUCCUAGUAAUAGCCCGUCACAGCUCGAACGGUUCUGUCACAAAGCAGAAGUCCAAACUAGGAAGUUUGUCAAAGACAACCCGGACAUCCUGAUAACGGAAGCGGACAAGGGAAACAGGACGGUGGUCAUGAGUUUGGAACAAUAUGAUGGGAAGAUGAUGCAGCUUGUCAACGACCCCGACACGUACGAACAACUGAGAUCGGAUCCAACCGAUAAAUACCAACGGAAAAACAACAGCAUGGUUCAACGCCUGGUCAAUCUGCAGCUUAUCGACGGUAAAACCAAAUACCAGUUGAUGUGCUACAACGCGGUGUGUCCACGCAUAUAUGGAUUACCGAAAGCACACAAGCAAGGAAUGCCUCUACGUCCAGUGGUGCCCAACGUCACAGCACCAACGUACCACCUCAGCAAAUACAUCGCGCACAUUUUACAGUCGUCGUUCACUAGCGAAUACGAUGCCAGAGAUUCGAAGACCUUCUGUGAAUAUGUGAAUCGACUAGAUGUACCCCCGGACCACAUAAUGGUCUCCCUUGAUGCCGUAUCCCUGUUUACAAACGUCACCAAGCCAUCUGUCAUUCAUGACGUGAUCAUGAUAUGGGACAAAAUCCGGGAAAAAACUAAAAUCAAUCUUGAUUUAUUCCUGGAAUUGGUUUCAUUUUGUAUGGAUGCCAGCUUCUUCUGCUUCAGAGGAAAGUUUUUCCAUCAACGGUCCGGUACAGCUAUGGGUAGCCCGCUGUCACCGGUGUUAGCGGACAUCGUGAUGGAUAGCAUCAUCAGCAGAGCAAUCAAUGCAGCGAACAUCCCACCGCAGUUCAUACGAAAGUAUGUGGACGAUCUGUUCUUGCUGAUCCACAAAGAUCGUGUCCAGGAGGUGCUGGAAAUAUUCAACCUACAAGAUGAAAACAUCAAAUUCACGUGCGAGGUUGAAGUGGACGGAAAGUUGCCAUACUUGGAUAUGCUGAUGAUCCAAACGGGUGAAGGAAGAAUAAAAACCGACUGGUAUUCCAAGCCGAUAUCGUCUGGCAGAAUAUUGAAUUUUUUCUCCUUCCAUCCCAUUCAUCAGAAACUCGGGGUUGCAACGAACUUCAUUAAUCGAGUACGCACCCUGAGCACCAUCCGGACCGAGGAAGAAAAGAAUCAACUCAUCCGAUGCCAGCUCAAAAGCAAUGACUACCCACUGCAUCUGAUAAACAGAAUGCUGCAUCAACCGAGACCACCCGAAGUAGCGGAAACUCCGAACAUGUACCGAUCUGUGGUGCACAUCCCCGGCCUAACACCAACCAUCAGGAGAAUACUGAGGCAAAAUGUCCCGUCGGUAGGCAUCGCAUGUAGCAACAACAACACAGUGAAACAACUGUAUAAAACAGCGAAAGAUCCCGUUCCAUACAUGCAAAAAUCAAAUGUCGUCUACAAAAUAGCAUGCCGAGAUUGCUCCGGUUGCUACAUAGGUAUGACCAAGAACCAGCUGCGUACGAGAAUGUAUGGUCAUCAAACGUUGGUAAACACGCUGGAUAGGAAGCUAUCAGCUGGACUCCCAUACUGUGAUCCAGAGAUACAGCUACUAUCACAGAAGACUGCAAUGAUGGAGCACUGUGUACAACAGCAGCACAGAUUCGAUGUAGGCAAUCCAACAAUCGUCGACUGCUGUUUCAAAACACAGGCUCUCCCUGUUUUGGAAAUGUGUCAUAUUCUCACCACUCCACAAGCAGUAAACCGUCGUACCGAUACGGCAGACAUGAGCGCUACCUAUAGCUUUCUCAUCGCAUCGGUAAACGAUCUCCGGAGAGAAAGCGGACGGACAGAUAGAUCGAACAACCAACACACUGAUGCAACACACACAACACAACACAGAUUGGAAACAACAGAUCAGUAGGGGAAAUAUUCUGUACCGACCGGCUGAUAGCAGGUAGUAUCCGUACACCAGCUAGGGAAUCCCCCAAACCAAACCGGAACGAAUGGCCCAAAAGUGUACCAGACGGCGUGACCCUUUACAACCCGACUGUUUAAAUAUUUGCAAAAUUUGUGUGACCUGUUGAUUUGUGUAUCGAGCCCUGAAGAUGGUCCAAUAGCCGGACCGAAACGUCGGCGAUGAUAGAAGAUUAAUCAACGCAAUUUAUUAGACUGAGAGCCGAAAAUUCCAAAGUCAACCAUCAUCCAGUCGAAAC